AUGGUACAUCAGUUAGAAGAUCUACCAGCAAUUAUUUAUAAUACGGUACGUAGUCGUCUAAGAACACAUUUGGGCAAUUCACCGAUACCUAGAACAGCGUCUCGACUACAAUGCAAAUCUACAACAGAAAAGUGUAAUAUUGAAAGUCAGUAUUGUCUAGUUGAUGAUCGGUCAAUGAUAUUAAAAGAAUUAACUAAUGUGAAUCAUAUUCAAUCGGAACAGCUUGAAUCCACUAUUCAAAAACGUGCUAAAUAUCAAAACGAUUCAGAUGAAUUAAUUCAAAGUCACCCAAUGAAUGAGAUGUAUUUACUAUCGAAUUCAAAUCGUUCCAGUCAUAUUCAUCGUACCAAAUCCACUAGUAAUACAAUUAGUAAAAAUUCACUUCAACAAUUAAAAUCCAAUGAAUCACAAAAUGAUCAAUUGAAUAACUUACAUAAAACAACAAAAAUAACCACAAAUAAUACUACUAAUAAUACAUCAAUUGAUUCGUUCCAUUUAUGGAAACGUCAUAAACCGGGUACUAUUCAUCAAGAAUUAAAAUCAAGUAUAAUCAAUAAUACUUCGUUUAUCAAUAGUAAAAUUGAUAAUUAUGAUGAGAGAUUUAUCAAAAUGACCAAUCAGUGUGUUGUUGUUCCUCAUUCUACUCCUUCCUCUCAUCAUCACCAUCAUAAAACGUUGAUCAAGUCAAGAAGUAGUUCAUUAUUAGAAGAAUCGCAUAUAUUCAAUUGAAAAGUCAUGUAUACAAACAAAAUCCACUCAACUAUUCAUUCAAAUUGGCUGUGAUUAUACUUAUGUUUAUGUGUGUGUGUAUGCAUGUUCUUGUUUAUGUAAAUACUAUGUAUAAAACUAUAUUUUUUCCUCUCUCUCUCUCUCAUAAAUUCUAGCAUAACCGUCUAAUAUUUUUUUUCGCUUACAAGUUACAAUGUAAAUUUGG